UUGACGCUUCACCCCGUGUGCGUUCUGUGCCCCCCCAGGACUGGGUGGGCUGCCGCUGCCGACGCAACCUACGCCGCAGCCCUAGCCAGAGCCGAGGCCUUCAUCGGUAUCUUCUCCGGCGACGAGCACCCACAGUUGAAAGAUUUUGGCUCCACCACUGGCACCUGCAUCAUGGAGACGUGUCUGCAAUGGUUCUAUGUUUUAUUGGAUUGAUGUUUGGAUUUGUAGCACCUGAGUUCAUUAGGUCUUUUCUUGAAUUCAGCAUUUCAGUGUCUAAUAUAUUAUCUUGAAUAAUAUUAUGAACUUCAACUUCUGUUUUCUUGGGUGUUCUAUUCUUUUAUUUUGGGUAUCCUAUUUUGGCAGCAUCCUGCUGCCUUGUUUUUUAGUGUGGGUCUGGGAUUUACGUUAGGGUGGUACUUUCAGAACAUUCGUUUUUGAGUGUGGGUCUGGGGUUCAUGUUGGGGUGGUACUUUGAGAACAUUCCUUUUGCCUGUGGAAUUUCUACUGCUCACUGAGUAAAGGUGAAAGCACAACUGAGCUCAUAAGGGCUCAUGAGAUGGUGAAAGAAGCAGACCACGUGACAAUUUAACAGAGUGCUGGACUGAGCUAUUGGUAUCAGAUACAUGUGCUAUUUAGCAAGGGGAAGAAAACUAAUGAUAGUGCUAUGUAAAGGUGGAUGUCUCCUACAAAGAGAAGAGGACUUGGUCGCCGUGGUCAUGGUCGUGGAAGGGGUGCCACGGCAGAAAAGGAUAUGGAUCAUCUCGAUAUCUCUGUACCUUCUUCACCAAGUACUACCUCUGACAGAGAAGAUCAGCCUCUGUUGAUUCCAAGACAAUCCCCAGCUUGCUAUGUAGGACCGUCAGAAGUAUCCACCAUGUUACUGAACCCUAAGAUCAACCAUCGUUCCGAUGCGAUUUUUGGUGAUCAGGCUGUGGAGCAGCUGAAGUUACGUCAUCACAAGCCUCUGAAAUUUCAUGAGAGAUAUCGUCCUUACCUGAGAGAUGCAGGUUUGCUUGGGCUCUCACAAAUUUGCCAGAAGAUGCCUCAGUUGGACAAAGCAUUGAUAACUGCCCUUGUUGAGCGUUGGAGGCCAGAGACCCAUAGCUUCCAUUUGGCAUCUGGGGAGAUAACUGUUACACUUCAAGAUGUUGCAAUGUUGUUUGCUCUUCCUAUUGAUGGUCGUCCGGUUUGUUCUACCACUGAUCAUGAUUAUGCGCAAGUGGUCCUUGAUUGUUUAGGCCUGGAUGCAAGGGGUCCAGCAAUGCCUGGAAAGUCUUUCCUGCAUUACAAAUGGCUUAAGAAACACUUUUAUGAAUUACCAGAGGAGGUGGAUGAUAUGACAGUUGAAAGGCAUGUUCGGGCAUAUAUACUGAGCCUUUUAUGUGGGGUGCUCUUUCCAGAUGGGACAGGAAGGAUGAGUCUGAUAUAUCUUCCUCUGAUCGCUGAUCUUUCACGUGUUAGCACAUACAGCUGGGCUUCUGCAGUUCUGGCAUUCCUGUACCGAUCUCUUUGCUCGGUUGCCUCCUCCCACAAUAUCAAGAAUAUUGGUGGUUCAUUGCUUCUCUUGCAGCUUUGGAGUUGGGAGCGCUUUCAUGUUGGCAGACCAUUGGUUCGGUCACCUUUAUGCACAGAGAUGGGCAUUGAACAUGACUUACCUCCAAUCGGCUUCCGUUGGGUGGGGUCACGCACACAAAGUGAGAGUGCUAAUCGCUGCCUUAAGCAGUACAGAGAUGAACUGAACGUUCAGCGAGUUGAUCAGGUGAAGUGGGAACCCUACCUGCAGGUAGAGUCCUCAACCUUACCCCCACUUUGUACAAGAGACGCAGACCUGUGGCUUACACAAGCUCCAUUAAUAAACUUCCCUAUAGUUGAAAUGUAUUUGCCCGAGCGAGUGAUGCGGCAAUUUGGGCUUCGGCAGUGCAUUCCACCACCUUUCCGGCCUACACUACAGUCGUUACAUCGUAUCAGUAGACGUGGCAAAGAACGAGAGAACUGGGAAGAAACACACCAUGAGUAUAUCCAGGAAUGGGAAGCACGACGACAGCGCAUAUUUCGAGAUACAGAGCAAUAUGAUCCAUCUUCUUAUGAGGAGUAUCUGCGCUGGUACUCAGGAGCAACACGGCGGUACCUUGUCCCAGCAACCAGUGACGACGGUGAAGCGGGACCUUCAGCUCCAACUGACGAUUUCUCAGAUCUUCAGUACCAAGCCAAAUCUCCAAUAAUCCGCAAAGCAGUUGAUAAACUGGAAAGCAUGGUUAAGAAAGCCAAGAGAGCCAUGACAACCACAGCUGAUACAACCACUCAAGCCUUGGUUGCUGAGUUUCUGCUUGGCUUUGAGGAUGUGUUACAAGAUCUUGGCGAGAUCCAGAAUAAUAGUGGUUCAACUGUUCCACCUUUUCACUUGGAUAGUCCACAUUUUGAUGCUGCCGCAAGUCAACAGACACCUCAACUUUUGCUUGAAGCUGAGGAAAAUUUAGGUACCAACCAAGAAGCACAACUAGAGGAAGAUGAAGAACUUAACACAGUGGAGCGUGCUUCAUUGGCACUGGAGACUGUGGAAGAGGAAAACGACUUCUCCAACGACGUGCUCCCUGGAAAUCUUUCACUGGGCGUGGAGGAAGACUGUGAUUCAGCCACACCAGCCAAUGGGAUUUGUGAUGCAGCCACUCCCAUGACCGAUUUGGUUGUUCCUCGGUCAGAUGAGGGUCUCCAUCAAGAUCAACAUCUAGAAGACCACACCGAAAUUGAGCCGGCUACAUUGAUGGUGGAGCCUAAGUGUGAGGAGGGCGAUGGUUCCAGCUUCGUGCUCCCACCAAGCCCUCCAGAACUGAUGCUCGAGGAACAGGACGAUUCAGGGUUAAUAGCUCUAGGUACUGGAUCAUGUACCGAACAGCAGAGCCUUGGAGUAGGAGAGGCUGAGGAUCAGGAAAACCCUCGCACAGGCACAGCUCAGCAUGGCAUCAUGAUAGUGGAGCGUACGGGUGAGGAAAACAGCAGUUGCAAUGGCGUUUAUUCUUCCUGCCCACCGUCAUCUGUCAUUGUUGAAUCGAGCAGUGAUUAUCUGUGUUAGUUAUGUAGGGAGUAGAAGCUUUUUUUAUAUUUAAAGAUCUGACAUGAGAUUGUUAGUUCCUUUGUUGCUGGUGGCAUGGGGUUUGAUUCUGUAACUUGUUUCGUCGUGAUUGUCUUGAUAAUAUGAGGGUCUUGAAAACCGGGGGCCGUUAUACGCCGACCCAGUUGGAGUGUAA